UUUGGCACUUAUGGUGAUAUGUCAAAUUCCAAACUAAACUUGUCUGGUACAAUUUCGUGUAGGUUCUUAUAAUUAUUAUACUUUUUUAUUUAUAAAAUAUACAAUAUUUCAUGUAAUAAAUGUAGUUCUUGCAUAAAAAAUUAUAUGUGAAUUGUGAAAAGUGCCAAAUUGAUGUCUCGAUUUUGUCGUUAUUAUGAAUCAGUUUGAUCAAAAUAUAAACAAAGAUAUGAUUGAUUCUGAUCUUAUUGACGUGGAAUCUCUGGAUUUUUCAGAUGAUCAAACAUGGUUAUAUAUAAACCCAGAAGACUCUGGUCGUAAAGUGGAUAUUGUAGAAUACAACUUGUCAUGCGAUUGGCCUAUUAUUGAGGAUGACGAAUAUCUCAAAUCUGAAAAAGAACUUUAUGCAAUACUUGAUAAUCUUCUAAAAAAUGACGUGGCCAUGCCGGAUAAGCACAAAUUUGACUCUAGGACCUACGUCAAACCAAAGAAAAGGAUGCAAAGACCAAGCAUCCAGAGUAUAGUUGAAGUAGCUUCGAACCCGCAUUCGAUGUCACCCCACCAAUCGCUGAACCAGUCGUUCAACCAGUCCGCGAACAAGUAUCUGACAUACAAUAAGUAUAGCAAUCCGUUGGGUCCAAUAAAUCCCAUGAUAAGACUGAAAACCUUUAAUGUUGAUACGAAUUCGGAUAACAGUCACGUGGUCAAGGAGUUCGCUAUGAAGAGGAGGAGUGUGGCGCAAGAUGAUGAUCCUCAGUUAGAAGAUUUAGAUGUGACGCUAGCAUCGGAUGUCUCGGAGAGGCUUUCAUCUGAACACGUGCCUUUCAAGGCCAUCAACAUUGAUCUUUCGCAGCCGGCUCACAAUAUUCAUAACACGUUCAACAAAGGAAUGUUGAAUGUAAUGCACGAAAGCGGUAGUCUGAAUAUGUAUCAGAGUGGUGAGUCACUCAUGCGCAUGUCUCCGCCAAGCUUAGUAUCGUCCCUAGUGAUGGAAAAUUCUGGAAAUUUCAACGCUGAGUCGCUGGAUAGCAGGAAAUCGAUCUCUCACAGGGAUUCAGGCCUCCCAACCUCAGUCGGUCGAGAUAGUAUCGAUCCAAUGAUGACCAGUAUGACACUAAGUAUUUUGGAUGAAAAGGAUAUGAGCACGAGCUUCCUCUCACAGACCACAUAUCCAGACAACGAUAGCCUAAUGGACUCUCUACCCCCGAGCCUCGUUAGUUCUGUCAACUCUUCCUACGUCGUUUCCAACACAUCAAAACCAAAACCAGAAAACGUUGAGCCCAAUAUAUUUAGUUCGGCAACCUUCACACAUCUAGAACAAUCGGAAAGACUCCUAUCGGCGAGACCAAGGUGUCAGCUGUACAAUAGUUUCACCAAACGAGACUCAAUCAAAAACUCGGAGAGUUACACCAAAGCGCGCGAAGAGGCAUGUCAAAUAGAUACAGUUAAGGUUCUAAACGAGAAUUGUGAUAAUACAUUAGGCGUUCCACAGUCAAUGAGAAACAUACCCAAAUCAAAGCCGAAUGGAGAAAUGAGCGAGACAAUCACUCUGCACUACUCUAACAAUAAAUUCAAAAGAGACAGCGACGCGGAGAAAGAGAAUGUAAACGCAAAAUUCAAAUGCGACGAUACGUUCUAUAAAGAUAUGGGUUUGCAAAAACCGAUCGAUUCGGGCAAAAGCAGUCUCAACGUGACAUUGGAUAAACAAGAGCUAAAUGAAAUAAUACAGGCCAGGCAGAAGCUCUCAUUGGCUCGCAGGGCUCUACCCAGUGAGCCCGAGAAACCGAAUCAAGCGGACGUAUCUCCGAUAAAGACAAUACAACUUCCGAAUCAGACAAUAACAGUUCCUCAGAAGAGCAUGGAAAACGCAUCAGAGCUGCUCUCGAGACGAAGAGCGAUGAACUAUGAUAAACAGGACGAAGAGAGACCCACGAGGGAAACGCCGAAGAGGAAUGCGACUUUCAAGAAAGUGUCACCGAAAACGAGUGCGAUGGACGCGACCGUUGUGUACGUGAAUUCGGACGAUAACAAUAUGAUCGAUAUAAAUUCCGCGACAUUGAACCUCAUCGAUUCCAGCGAUAGAACAUUGCAGCAAGAAGAAUGGGGUUUUCAAGAACGCGCGAUGGUCGGGUCGAGUGAAAGCACGGGGACGGAUACGUGCACGUUCAGUUCGAGUAGUCCGCCAGAAAGCGUGCCCGAGACUUCUACUGAUCCACGUAUCCAAGUUGCGUCAACGCCACUAAUGUCCUUAAAGAAGGGAGCUAAAAACGAACUCCUAAACCUUCACACAACAAUAUCGCCGAUAUAUGAUAUGUUGGAAGAUAAAUCAUAUACAGUAGCGAAAGCUCCGAGCGCAGCCUCCGACAUGGAAAGAACGUACAACAUGAACAGUACAGUGAUAAAUACUGCGACGAUGGUCAAGAAGACAGCAGCCAAGAGGGAUAUACUAGCUCCUAAGAUGAGUCCUGAGAAGAAAAUGUCUAUGCCGAUUCCGGUGCAACGAUCGCCGCCUAGUCGAAUUUCUCCCACUGAAGGUGGUCCAUACGGUGCGAUGGCGCCUCCUUCGGCGGUUCCUAGGAAAACAAGUUUACCGACAUCGAAACUGAGGCAGUAUAGUUCACACAAGGAACUUAAUAGGAUACCUGGUCCCGCGCCGCCCGCGCGCGUGCUGGCGGGCCGCUCCAUGCUGCGGCGUGGCGUGUACGCCUCUAAUCCUGCGCUGUCGCCCACCGCGCCCGCGCCGCCCGCACCGGCCCUCGCGCAGCGGAAAGAAACCGACUCAGAGAGACCGACUCUACCGAAUCCUCCCGCUCUCGUUCGACAAGGAACGGAGACGUUACGCAGAGAGAGACCGCAGAGCCAAUUGGUUGCGCCCAAAGACCUGCGGCUAAGCGCGGUCGCGGCGAGAGGGGUGCCCGUGUCCUUGCGCAACCAUUACGCGCCACCGCCUACAACGCGCCCAUAUUCAAUAGCGGGAUCGUCCACACUGCGAAUUUCUAGACCGACGUCGGUGCCACUGCAGAGACCUGCACCAGUAAUUACUCCACAAACGGAGCAACCCAGACCUGCGACAAGCAGCGAACCGCGAAUGUCUGGACUGCCCAGACCGUCUCGGCUACCCGCACCACGACGAGCCUUAAGACCACCAUCAGUAUACUCUGUGGCACCAGCGGGAGAAAUGGACCAUUACUGACAAAGCGCCUGUUGUGCCAACUUCCUGGGCUUAUAGCCUAAUGUAUUAUUAUUAAAAUUUAACGUUUAACUAAAUUAAUACGACUGAAAUACGAAAAUCGGUAUCGAUUUUUUAAAUUUUUACCGCUUUGUUCGUAACUUUUUUCUAUGUAAUAUAUAUCGAAAAAAUGUUGCCAGUAUUGUUGCUAGAUAAUUUACCAUUUGAGAUUUUAAUAAAUUACCAGUUAUUAUUAUCUGUAGUAACAAUAUUGUUAAUAUUUACUUAUGUUAGUGAUUAACUUAAUUAUUUUAUAUCUUUUUUAAUUUUACAAAAUAGAAAAAUUUUGAUUAUUGAUUUACAAAUAAAAAUUAACUCGUUCUAUGUCCAAUUUUCAAUCUAUUAAUAUACUACGUAACAUAUACUUCCAGUGAAUUUUAAAGUAGUUGUUUUUUUGGAAAUAUUGGCAUCUUUUGGCAAUAAAAAAAAAACGUUCCUGAUAUAGUAAUGAAAAAAAAAAACAGUUACAGGAAAGGCUGAUUGGCGAUUGGAGGCAUGAAUGGCUUCCAAGUGACAUUAAUUUUGACAUUUCUUUUUUUUUGUAUAUUUACAGAUUAUUAUUUGUAUUAUAGACAUUCAAAAUUUUUCGGGUAAAAAUUUUGUUAAUGUCCAUUGUAUAGAGGUAGGGAAAAUUCACUUUUCGUACAGUGAAAAGUUUCAACAUUUCACCCUCUCAAUGUUUUAAGUGACGCUCUCUUUUUAUACUAGUUAUCGAUUUCGCUCAAAAUUCCAAAUUUUCACCUGAUUUUAAGAUUUGGUACAAAGACAUACAAAUUAAGAUAUUAUUUCUAUGUUGUAUACAAAUUUAGUGUGUAGUAACGAACGACCGCUUCGGAGUUAGUUAUUUAUUUCAUAAUAAGACAGUUUUGCAUUUUUUUUUUUUUUUUUGUUAGAUAUCGUAAUCAUGUAGGGACGUGUAAAAUAUGUUUCGAUUUAGAUAUAUAACAGUUAUAUACGAAAUAAAACAAUUUAAUUUUUUGUAAAAUAACUCUUUAAAUUAUACAUAUAUACACGCACAAUAUUAACAUAUUUUCAAAUAUCGAACACGCAAAUAGUAAUAACUUUAUUAUAAUUUAAAUCACAAGCCGUUUAAAUGCAAAGCUGAAUGUAUACUAAUAAAUUAUUGUUGUAUAUUAUGUAAAUCAAUAUAGUGUAAAAAAUUUAAUUUAAAAAAAUCUUUCUAAAUAAUGCUCUCCUAUCACAUAUCGAUACUAUAAACUAUUAUGCUUCAGAAUAUAUCUUACUAAAGUCUAUAUCAUGUUUAAAUAUCAAGAACGUAUCGCCUUUGCGUACUUUGUUAACUUAACCUACGAAACACUAUACUAUAAUGAAUGUCUUCGUUUGAAAAAUAGCUGAUAGUGUUGAAUAGCCCAUUCGUUUUGGACUAUACAAACAUCGCCACGACCUACGGGGCGGAGUAGUGACGUUUAUCGCGGGUGAUUUAUACGAAACUAAUCGAGUCAACUGUAUGUUUGUAUUUAUCAGAGCUGCAUUUGUUUGUUUGUCGAAAUCCUCGUGGAUUUUCCUUUCUUUGUUUUAAAAAUGAAUUGUUCUAAAUUAAUUAUUUGUUUUACGUUUAUUUUUUGAUUAGAAAAUGUUAUUAUUUUAAAUGUACGCGAUAAUUGUCAUUCUUAUUUAUUACUUUUAUUUAGGUUUCUGUAUAAAUGUGAAAAGUUUACAAAAUUAUACAAAGUGUGCAAAGGUGAUACAAAUCACGCCGUGUUAUUAAUAUUAGGCUUUUAUUCCAUCCGUUGCGUCGCUUGAGAUAUAUUCCGCCGUGUUGUACGGUUUGUUUGGACACGUCGUGCCUUAUUUAGGUAGUUUAAGGAAUUUUGUUUUCAUUUUCUAAUAAAACAGUGUAUUUACAAAA